AUGUUUACAACUCUUCUUAUAUUAGCUUGUUGCCAUUCAUUAAUAGGAUCUUUAUCUAUUGAUGGUAGUUUAACUCAAAAAUAUAUUGAUGGUACUCAAUAUACAAUUAAAAAUAUUGGUGCAACAUAUACACAACAUGUUUCGAAUGAUGGUUUAUGUAGAGUUAAAUUAGAUAAUGAAUCUAAAAUGUUAAAUGAAGGUGAAAUAAUUAAAAUAAAAAAUAAAUGGUUUAAAGUUGAAGAAUGUCAAUUAAAUCGAGCAUAUCCAGUAGAAUGUGGUUCAAAAUUAUUUUAUCAAUUACGUGAUUUAAGUUGUUCAUUUAUUGAAGAACAUAAUCAUGAUAAAAAAAAUCUACAUCAACAACAAACAACAAACCAUCUUAUGGAAUUAUUAGAUCGAUCAUAUUAUAAUGCUUGUUGUCGAACGGCAUGUACUAUUUAUGAAUUUAUUCAAUCUUGUCCUACUUAA